AUGUCGGAGCCAGUACUUUUAGAUCCACAAGAUGAGCCGAUCAUCGAUACCUUCGAUCUUGUCUUUCUUAUUUCUGCUGGUCUCAUUGCUGUCUUGUAUCUUUUCCGUGAUACUAUUUUUGGAGCCAAAAAAUCUCCUGCCUUACCUCCACCAAUCCCAGUAUCUAAACCUCCUAUAAAAAAGGACAAAAAUUUUAUUAAAAAGAUGCGAAAUACAGAUAAAAAUGUUGUUCUUUUUUACGGGUCACAAACUGGUACCGCUGAAGAUUAUGCAUCUCGUCUCGCAAAAGAAGGUUUACAACGAUUUGGUUUAAAAACCAUGACUAUCGACGUUGAAGAUUGUGACAUGACUCUUCUUGACGAAUUUCCUGAAGAUUGUUUAGCAUUCUUUUUGAUGGCAACUUAUGGUGAAGGUGAACCUACCGAUGAUGCUGUCGAAUUCUGGGAAUUGCUAAAUUCGGAUAAUCCUGAAUUUUCUCAAGGAAUUCCAAUCGAAGAUAAACCAUUAUCAAGUCUUCGAUACGUCGUUUUUGCUUUGGGAAAUAAAACAUAUGAGCACUUUAAUGCUGUUGGAAGACUUGUUGAUGCCAAAUUAUCAGAGUUUGGUGCUACAAAAAUUGGUGAACGUGGUGAAGGUGAUGACGAUGGUAGUUUGGAAGAAGAUUUCCUUGGCUGGAAAGAAGAUAUGUGGAAAGCUGUAUGUGACGCCAUGAAUAUUGAUCCUAACGAGUCUCAAAAUCAUGGAACUCGUAUUUCCGCUUACAAGAUUACCGAGUUGGAAAAUUACGAUAAUGAUACUGUAUUCUAUGGUGAACUUAGCGAACAUGCCCUGAAUGGUGGAAC